CAUACAGGCCGGAGCGUGCAGGUCAACGCCGAUGCGGUGGGGCUCGCGUUGACGAAGCUCAAGGGCAUCCUCACGGUGAACGCCGUGCGCCAUACGGCAGUCCGGGACGAGCGGCACGAAAAGAAGGGCGAAAAGCGGAAUCGCCUCAAGAGUGUGCGCUGGAGGAGGCGCUUUGCGCAUGAGGUGAGGCAGAAGGUGCAGCUCGUCAAUGAAAUUCGUGCCCGCGGAGCAUGA